AUGCCUCACAAAGACACCAGCUCGGUGCCUAACCGCACAGACGGAACCUCUGACUCUUCAGUCAACCGCCUCGCAGCCACGGGAAACACCCUCGGCGAGUCCGCCUUUGGCUCAGGCAUGGACCGCAACAGUGGUACGAUACCCGAAUACUUGUCCACGGGCUCCGAAGAUCUCAGGCCUUUGAGCAAGGAGGAAGCGGAGAGAUUAUACGAGGAGAGAAUGGAGGAGGAAUACGCAAAGCGGGAGGGGGGUGCUUAA